CGUCAGGGGACGUGCCCUCUAUAUGAGGCUGCGGAGCGGCGGAAGCGGCCUUUUCCGCCCGCGCCCCCUCCCCCCCGUCGGCCGCUGCGGCUCGCUCCGAGCUCCCCAGCGCUCCUCGCCCAGCCCGGCCGCCAUCAUGAUCAUCUACCGAGACCUCAUCAGCCGUGACGAGAUGUUCUCCGACAUCUACAAGAUCACGGAAAUCGCGGACGGCCUGUGCCUGGAGGUGGAGGGGAAGAUGGUCAGUCGGACAGAGUUGUCAGUCGACGACUCGCUCAUUGGUGGCAAUGCCUCCGCCGAAGGUCCCGAGGGCGAAGGAACCGAAAACACAGUGAUCUCCGGUGUUGACAUCGUCAUGAACCAUCGCUUGCAGGAAACCACUUUCACCAAGGAAGCUUACAAGAAGUACAUCAAAGAUUACAUGAAAUCAAUUAAAGGCAAACUUGAAGAACAGAAACCAGAAAGAGUAAAACCCUUUAUGACUGGGGCUGCAGAACAAAUCAAGCACAUCCUUGCUAAUUUCAAAAACUACCAGUUCUUUAUUGGAGAGAACAUGAAUCCAGAUGGUAUGGUUGCUCUGCUGGACUACCGUGAGGAUGGUGUGACCCCAUAUAUGAUUUUCUUUAAAGAUGGUUUAGAAAUGGAAAAAUGUUAAUAAAUUCGGCAGUUAAUUUGGAUCUAUCACCUGUCAUCACUACUGGCUGCUGCUUUUUAUCCACACACCAAGACAGACAACAGGAACCGAUGUCAUCUCGAGCACUUCAUUUAUUUUGACCUUGAUUUAUUUGGAGUGGAGGCAUUGUUUUUUAAGAGAAAAAACAUGUCUUGUAGGUUGUCUUAAAAAUUAAAGUCAUUUAAAUU